AUGAGCUACACACCACAGCAAUAGGAAGAAAUUAGAGCAGUUUAUUAAAGAAAUCAAUAACUUGAGAUGCAAGUUAAGGCUUCUCUGAAUGAAGUACAGCAACUAAAUCAAAGAUUGCAAAUGUAAGAACAAGCUUUCAAACAAUCAUAAUAAUCAUUGAAUUAGCAAUUGUAAAAGCUAUCACAAGAUUUAUCUAUUAAAACUUAGUAGUUAGUUAAUUCUGAAUAACAAUUCAAAAGAUAAUUGGAUCAUACUAAUGAAUAAUUGAAUAUCGUUAAAUAAUAAUCUCAAUUGAGAAUAGACUAACUUUCAUAAGAAUUAAAACUAAAAACCACAGCUUUUGAUAAAGCAUCUAAUGAGUUAUAAGCAGCUAAACAUGAAAUAUUGCUUUUAUAGAAAAAUGCUGAAAAUUUGAAUGUAGUUAAAUCUUAAUAACUUGUCUAAUAAGAUGCUAAUGCCAAAAGAGUAAUUGAUGAUUUGAAUGAUAAAUUAAGACUCAUUUCAGUUCAAUCUCAAAAAUAAAUAGAACAAUUAUAAUAAGAAUUAGCUAUAAAGAAAUAAGAAAUUGAUCGACUCAAUUAAGAUCUUGUUUCUAAAAAGAAUGAAAUUUAUUAAUAAUAAUAAAAGAUUGAAGCUACCAAUAUUGCUAAGAAUAAUUAGAUUUCUUAAUUGGAAUCUUUGUCAAAGAAAUAAUUGCAAGAAUACAAUGACAAACUCAAUUAAUUCUAAUCAUAAGCUUAAAUGAGAAUUGAUUAACUCAAUUAAGAUAUUAGUAAUAAAACUGCAAUGCUCGAAAAAGCAAAUUAAGAGAUUGCUCAAAAAAAACAAGAAAUAUAAAAUAAUAAUAAACAUUUUGAAUAAGUUAGCAAUUAAUACCAAUAAAAAAUUUAAGAGAUGAUGGGUAGAUUAAAUGAACUUCAAUUGUAGGCAGAGAAAGAAUAAAAUCAAUUUGGAAGAACUAAAGAAGAUUUCUAAGUCAAAGUGUAGAAUUUAUCUAGAGAUUUAAGUAUUUAAUAAUAAUAAAGUAAUUAAUUUGCUUAGGCUAUGUAAAAAGAGAAUUAAUAAUUAAAAUAAGAAAUUAUUAAUUUAUAAUAACAAAUAGCUUAAAGACAUUAAUAAUAUAGUGAAUAGAAAUCAUAAGCAGAUGCUCAGAUCAAUAAGUUGAAUAUAGAAAUUAGUAAAUUAAAGACUGAUUUAGCAGUUAAAGAAUAAUAAUUAGAAUCAAUUGAGUAGUAAUUCAAUUAAUAUAAGAAUACAACAACUAAAUAGAUAGAUUCAAUGAUUUAAUAAUUUGAAUAGAGAUAAAGUGAAAUUCAUUAAGAUAAUGAAAUUUAAUCUAAUAGAAUAAUUAGUUAAAAUAAAUAAAUACUUGAGAAAACAGUUGAAGAACAUAAGAAAUAAAUUGAAUAAUUGGAUAAAUUUUGGAAUGACAAAUAUAAAUAAUUAAGUGAAUAAGGUGGAUAAGAUUAAUAGAGAAUUACUUAAUAAUAUUUAACAAUUAUAGCUGAGAAUGAAAGAAAGUUUUAAAAUUUAUUUAAAAAUUAAGAACAAUCAUAUUUAUCUUAAUUAGAAGCUUAAGAAUAACAUUUUGAGAUGCAAAUAAAUUAAUUAUCAAAUUAAUUAAAAUAGAUAAGUGGAGAUAAGGAAUCUUUGCAUACAUAAUUGAUUACUGCUUAAGCAUAAUUAAGAGAUUUUGAUUAAAAAGUUAGAGAAUUACAUUAUCAUGGUUAAACUAAAUCAGAGUAGGCAUAUUUAUAGAUAAAUGGAUUAUAAAGUAGUAAGGAAGGUAAUGAAUAAAAAUUAUUAUUAAAUAGAAUUGUUUGCAUUUAUAAAAGAGAAAUAGAUUGAGUAUGAUUCUAAAGUGUUUGAAUUACAACAAUAAAUGUAAAGUUUAGCUAGUAAUAAGGAGGCAGUAGAGAAAGAAUUGAGUUUGGAGAGAGUAGUAAAAGAUGGUUUAAAAAAGGAGAUUUUAUAAAUAACAAAUUAAUAGUAAAUGAAGGAUAUGGAAAUAAGAAAUGAGAUAUCUUUAAAGAAUUCAGAAAUAAUUAAAUUAAAUAAAGAAGUAGAAAGAUUGGAUGGAUUAUUUAAAUAAGCAACUUUGGAAUUAAAGAGAAUAAAUGAAUAGAAUGAAGAUUUAAAAUUAAUUGAUGAUUUUUAAUUAAAAGAGAAAGAUUUAGAAAUAUCUAAAUUAAAAUAAAUAGAAAUUGAAUUGAAAAAUAGAAUUUAAUAAUUAUAAAAAUAAUUAUCAAAUUAGGAAUGGUAAUUAUAAUAAGAAAAUAUUAAAUUAAAAUAAUAAGUUAAAGAUCUUAAUAAUGAUUUAAGUAUAUUAAAUACAAGAAUUAAUAUGCUUAAAACAUAAAAUAAAGAUGAAUCAGAAAGAUAUUAAGAAUUAUUAUAAUCUCAUGAUAUAGAAUUAUAGAGUUGGGCAGAUAGAUAUAAAGAUUAAUCAUAACAAAUUGAAACUAUGGCAUAAUAAUUAUUUGCAGCUCAAUAAUAAAAUAAAUAUAAAGAAUAACUUAUUUUUGAAUAUGAUAAAUUAAAAUAAGAAUUUGAUUAAUUGAAUAGAUAAUAUCAAUUAUUAUAAGAGAAUAGUUUGAGAAAUAGUAAUAUUAAGGAAAAUGCAAAAAAUGUAGAAAUAUAAUAAUUAUAAGAACAUUAUGAAUAAUAAGUUAUAUAAUUUUAAAAAGAAAUAGAUUUUAUGAGAGAUAAUAAAAUUAAUUAAAGAUAAGAUACAUCAGUAAUUGAUUUUAGUGUAUAAAUUACUGCAUUAAAUGAUCAAUUAGUUAAGAAAAAUAAUGAAAUUACAAAUAUUAGAAUGUAAGCUAAUAGGACAAUAAUGGAAAAAGAUAAUUAAAUUAUAUUAUUGUAAGAAUAAUUAGAAUAAUUGAUAUCAAAGGUAGAUAUUAUAGAAUAUAAUUAAAAUGAUUAAGCAGAAGCAAUAGAAAAGGCAGAGAAUUUAGAAUUGAUUUUAAAUGAAAAAGAUAAAUUUAUUGUUUAAUUAAAAGAAGAAUUAAAGAAUUGUAAAGAUUAAAUAUUAGAAUUAGAAGAAUAAUUAAAAAUUAGAUAAAAUUCAUUAGAUAUGAUAUAAUAAUAAGCUUCUUUAAUUUCUGAACUUAAAUCUUAAGUAGAGAAAAGAUAAGUAGAAAAUUAAUAUAGUGUUUAACCAAAACCAGUUUAAUAAUGUUUUACUAAAAGUAUAAGAAGUUCUACUCAUAGGAUGAGUGGAAAGAAAAGUUAAACUAAUGAAGAAUCUUAAAAAGAAAUUAUUUCUUAUGUAUAAAAAGUAACUGAUGUAUCAUUUAAAUAAUAAUCAAAUUAAUAAAUAAUAUCAAUUGUGAAUCCAUAAAUAAGUGAAACUAGAUAGAUAUUAAGAUAAUCAUAAGAAGAAGUAUAAUAAAGGAAUUUAUUAAAUUAAUCUAUUAUGGUAUUAUAAUAAGAAUUAAAGUAAGUUAAAUUAAAUUUAUCAAAUGAAUAAUAAGUAUCAAGUUAAUUAAAAUUUGAAUUAUCUUAAGCUAAUGCUAAAAUUGAAUAAUUAUUAGUUGAAUAAUCUUAAUUGAAAAAUAAAUAAUAAUAAAAUGGUAUAUAUAUUUCAAUUACUAUUUUAUAGAUAAUUAAAAUAUUGACCAAUUAAAUACGAUGAAUAUGAAAACUUAUGAAUCAAAUAUUCAAAGUUUGAAAUCUGAAAAUUAAGAUUUAUAAUAGAAAUCAGUUGAAUAAGAAUUAUAAUUGAAUAAAUUUUCCUAAAGAAUAAAUGAACUUUAGAAUGAAAUAAAAAAGUAGAAAGAAUAAAUAUAAUAAUUGAAUGAUUCAGAAAAUUAAAAAGAAAAUAAAAUAUUUGAAUUAUAAAGCAUUGUUGAUAGAUUACAAAAUAAUCUAAAAUCUGAAUAAUCUAUUGUCAGAUAAAAGUAAUCUGAAGUUAAAUAGAUUACUUAUUAAUAAGAAUAAAUCUAAUAAAUGCUUUAAUAGGAAUAUUAAGAAAUAAAGAAAAAUAAUAAUGAAUUAUCUUAAUAAAAAUUAAAAUUAGAAUUAGAAAUUUAAGAAUUAAAAUCAUAAUUACAAUAAUCUUAAGUUACAUAACAACUUUAUGAAUCUAAAAUUACUAAAUUAAAUACAGAAAUAAUAUAAGUAAGAGAGAAAUUAGUUUAAUUUGAAUAAAUAUAAAUUUAAAUUGAAUAGAAUAAGACUUAAAUUAAUUAGAAUAGUGAAUAAUAAUAAUAUUAAUAAUAAAUUUAAGAAUUAAUAAAUAAAUUAGAAAAGUAAUAAUAAUAAAAUAAUUUAAAAUAAUAAUAAUUAAAUAAUUAAUUAUAGAUUCUUAAUGAAUAAUAUUAAGAUGCAAUUUUCAAAUUUGAAAAUAGUUAAGAAUAAAUUAAAUAAUUAUAAAAUAGUCUUACAUAAUAAAAGUAAUAAUAUUUGAAUGAUAUGAAUGAAAAUUCUUAGAUAUUAUCAAUAAGAAAUUAAGAAAAUUCAAAUCUAAAAAUAUAGAUUGAUCAUUUAACUUAAUAAUUGAAUGCAUACAAAGAAUCUAAUACAAAUGUUUAGAAAUGGUAGACUUAAGUAGAUAUAUUGUAAAAGUAAUUACGUGAAGAAAAAUUACAAUAAUAAGAGUAAAUUAUAAUAAUUAUUAUUUUAGUUUAAAUAAUUAAUUGUAAAACUAAUUAUUUUAAUUUCAAUAAUCAAAACGUGAAUGGCAAGACUUAAUAUAGAGAUUGUAAGAAGAUAAUAAUCAAUUAUAAACUAAUCUCAAUAGAGUUUUAACAGCCAGAUCAGAUAAAGAAUAGAUAGAUAAUUAUUCACAUUAAUAAAAUUAAAACAUUUAAAUAACUACAAAUACUAUUAAAACUUAAUUCAUGAGUAAUACAUAAGGAUUAUCAUCAGAAAAGAUAUUAAUUGAAUUAUAGAUUGCUUAAGAAGAAAAUGUUAAAUUGAUUAGUUAAUUAUAAGUUCUUUAAUUAAAUAAUAAAUAGUUAAAUAAAGAGAUUUAAGAUUUUGAUGAAAAACAAAAACAAUUAGAAAAUAGAUAUAAGGAUUAAUAUUUGAGAGCAUAAUUAGAACAUGAUCUUUCAUUUAAAAAGAUUGAAUAAGAAAAUGUGAAAUUAAUUAGUUAAGUUGAAGUAUAUUAAAAAAAGUAAUAACAAUAAGAAAUUCUAAUUGAUGAUUACAUAGCAUAGAUUGAAAAAUUAAAUAUUAUUAAUAAUUAACUAUAAUCUUAGUUAUUAUUAGUUUAAAAGGAUAAUUCUAAUUUUUAUAAAGAUUAAGAUAAAUAGAUUUAUAAAUUGAGUGAAAUCAAUUAAUAAUUAUUAACUUAAAUAACAUAAUUAAAUAAUUAAAGGAAUACAGAUUAAUUGUAAAUUAAAGAUUUAAUGGUUAUUAAAUAAACAUUAGAUGAAUAAUUGAGUAAACAUUCAGAAGAAAUAAUAUCAUUAAAUGAAAGACUUAAAGAUCUAUCUGAUUAAAAUACUUAAUUAACUCAUAUGAAUUCAGAAUAUUUAAAUUAAAUAACUGGUUUUUAAGUUUAGAUUUCUGAAUUGUAAAAUAAAUUAUCACAAAAUAUAUAUGAAUACAAACCAAGAUAUAGUGAUUAAUAACCUAGAUAGUCUACUUCUAAUAAUAGUAGAUAAAUUGAAGAAUUAAAUAAUAAGAUUAUAAGUCUUAAUAAUUAAGUUAAUAUUUUGAAUUAAUAAAAAUCUAAUAUUUAAUAAGAAUUAUUUUCAGUAAGAAAAUAAUUAUAAAAUGAAUAAGAUGAUAAAUUAUCAUAAUAAUCUCGAUAAUCUAGAACAAAUUAAUAUAAAAUAUUAAGUGAAAUGGAAGAAAGAAUUAGAUAAUUGUAAUAAUAACUUGAAGAGGAAAGAUUAGGGAAAUCAAUGAAUAAUGGUGAAAUUGAAUUGAAAAAUAGAUAAAUUAUGAUUUUAGAAUAAAAUAAUAAAAAAUUAUAAUAAUAAUUGGAAUAAUUGAAUCUUUAGAUAGAAGAGGAGAAAACUUUACUUUAUAAGGAGAUUGAUUAAUUAUCUGAGUAAAAUAAACGAACAAAAUAAUAGAAGAAUUCUGAGUAUGAUAUAGAAUAUAGAAAUUCAAUUAAAUAAAAGGAAACAAUUUAAUAGGAAUUAAUUUAAGCAAAUUAAUAAAUUAAGAAAUAGUAAAGUCGUAUAACAAUUUUAGAAGAUUAAAUUACAAAAUUAACUAAUGGAUCUAUAGAUAUGGAAAGAUAAAAUAGAUUUAUAAUAGAAUUAGAAGAUAAACUUAAAAUAAAUUAACGUAAAUAUGAAAUAGAAAUUAAGGAACUUAAAAAUGAUAAACAAUCUCUAAAUUAAUAAUUAGAAAAUGUUUAAUAAGAAUUAGAAGAAAUUAAAUCAAAAUAUCAUAUUGAAAUAGAAAAAACAGAAUAAAAAUUAUAAAAAGAAAAUUAAAGAUUUUCUUUAUAAUUAAAUGAUAAAGCAGCUUAUUUGAGUUAAUUAGAAGUUAAAAAUAGAUAAUUAAAAGAAGAAAUUUUGAAUUAAUAAGAAAGAUAUGAUGAAAAAUUAAGAUAAGCUAAUGAAAGAAUAAAAGAAGUAACUGAAGAUUUAGAGACUAUGAUUGAUAAUUAUAAAAAAGAAAAAUAAGUAUUUAAUAAUAUAAUUAUUAUUUUAGUUAAGUUAAAAAUGGGAAAAAUAGAAUGAAGAUUUACGUAGAUAAUUAUAAUCAUAAGUUGAUGAUAUUAAAAUAAAGACUGAAAGAUUAAGUGUUGAAAAAUAUGAAAGAAUGUCUUUAGAUAGUAGAAAGUAAAUUGAACAAAUUUAAUAAUAAUUAAAUAAUGAAAUAAAUGGAUUGAAAUAAGAAAUUAGAUAAAAAAAUGAAUAAAUUAAUUAGUUAAAAUCUACUAAUUAAUCUCUUUAAUAAAAAUUGAAUAAAUUUGAAACAUAUAUUAGAGAUUUAGAAGAUUAAUUGUAAUAAUUUUCAAAUAAAGAAGAGUAAUUAUUAAGAGAAUUGAAUUAAUCAAAAAAUUAAUCUUUAGCAGAUUCAUUAAAUGUAAAAGUAAUUGCAUUAGAAAACAAUCUAGUUAAAGCUUAAUAAAGAGAAGAAUAAUUAAUAUAAAAAAUAAGAUAAUUAGAAAAUUAAUAAAAUUCAAAUAGAAAUAAUUCUGAUUAUAGAAAUUUAGAAAUAAAAAACAAUAAUAUGUUUGAAGAAAUCUAAAUUUUAGUUUAGACAAUUAAAAGUUAAGAUCAAGAAAUUGCUAAUUUAAAAAAUGAAUUAACUUCCUAUUAAAGAGAAGUAUCAUUCAUGAAAGAGGUUGUUAAGGAAGAUACUAGUAGAUUAGAGACAUCUAUUUUAGAUGAUAAGAAUAGAAGAAUAGUAGAAUUAGAGAAUAAGUGUGCAUUACUUGCUAAUGAGAACACUAGACUCAAUUAAUUAAAAGUAUUAUAUUUUUAUUAAAUUUUUAGAUGAAAUAAGUUGAUGAAUGGAAAUUAAAAUAUGAUAAAUUACAAUUAGAAUUAGAGAAAAGUUUAAAUAUGAAAGGUUGGGAUGAUCAAUCAAGAAAUAUUGUAAUGUCUAGUAAUUUUGGAUAUUUAUCCAAUGUUAAAUGA